AUGGCGUCCCUAGCAGCAGCCCCGCCCUCGGCGCACUCGUCCGCCUCGCUCGAGAACGACAAGAGCGCCCUCGGCGCGGGGAACGGCGACCCCGAAAAGGCGGGCAGCGAUUACGAUCAGGAGGCGACUCCCGUGCAUGACUUUGAGGACCCCAACUACGACGAGGCAGCCGGUGCCCUCGAGGACGAGUCCCCGUACCCCGAGGUCCGCUCCGCGGUCGCCAACACCGACGACCCGUCCAUGCCCGCGAGCACCUUCCGCGCCUGGGUCAUUGGCAUCCUCUGGGCGAUCAUCAUCCCCGGCGUCAACCAAUUCUUCUUCUUCCGCUACCCGUCCGUCAACAUCACCCAGAUCGUACCGCAGCUGCUCACGUUCCCGCUGUGCAAGCUUUGGGCGUACGCGCUCCCCAACGCGCGUAUUUUUGGCGUGUCCAUCAACCCGGGCCCGUUCACCGUCAAGGAGCACGUCAUCAUCACCAUCAUGGCCGGCGUUGGCGCUCAGAGCGCGUACGCGACGGACAUCAUCGCCGUGCAGCGCGUGUAUUACAACCAGACGUACAACUUUGGCUACCAGUGGCUCGUCGUGAUGUCCACCCAGCUCAUCGGCUUCUCCAUCGGCGGAAUAUGCAAGCGCUUCCUCGUCUCCCCGCCGUCAAUGAUCUGGCCCGCGAACCUCGUCACCUGCGCGCUCUUCAACACGCUGCACCACUCCCACACCGCCGGCACCGGCGCGCACGGCGGCAUGUCGCGCGAGCGCUUCUUCGUGUACAUCUUCGUGGGAUACGUUAUCUACAACUUCCUGCCGACGUACUUGUUCACGGCGCUGAGCACGUUCUCGUGGGUCACAUGGAUCGCGCCGAAUAACAUCAAAGUGAACCAGCUUUUCGGGUACCAGCACGGUCUCGCGAUGGGCCUCGUCACGUUCGACUGGGCGAACAUCGCGUACAACAACAGCCCGCUUCCCGUGCCCUGGUGGGCGGCUGCGAACGUCGGCAUCAGCUUGGUGUUCUUCUACUGGUUCCUCACGCCCAUCCUCUACUACAAGAACAUCUGGUACGCGCAGUACAUGCCGAUCGUCUCGCGCGGCUCGUUCGACAACACGGGCCACGCGUACAACGUCUCGCGCAUCCUCACCUCGCAGGCGACGAUCGACGAGGCGGCGUACAAGGCGUACAGCCCGCUCUUCAUCUCGACCGCGUUCGCGAUCUCGUACGGGCUGUCGUUCGCGUCGAUCCCCGCGACGCUCACGCACAUCUUCCUCUACUACCGCAAGCAGAUCUGGACGCAGGCGCGCCGCAGCUUGAGCGAGCAGCCGGAUAUACACGCGCGCCUGAUGAGCGUGUACCCGCAGGUGCCGGACUGGUGGUAUGCGCUCGUGUUUCUGAGCAUGUUCGUGUUUGGUGUCGUCGCCAUCGAGGUGUGGGACACCCAGUUCCCCGUAUGGGCCUUUGUCCUCUCGCUUGUAGUCGCCUUCUUCUACACCGUGCCGAUCGGGAUCAUCCAGGCGAUCACGAACCAGCAGGUCGGGCUGAACGUGAUCACGGAGCUCAUCAUCGGGUACGCACUGCCGGGGCGGCCGAUCGCGAUGAUGAUGUUCAAGACGUGGGGGUACAUCACGAUGGCGCAGGCGCUGCAGUUCACGCAGGACUUCAAGCUCGCGCACUACAUGAAGGUGCCCCCGCGCCCGAUGUUCUUCUGCCAGGUCGUGGCGACCGUCAUCGCGGGCACCGUGCAGCUCGGCGUGCAGGCGUGGCUGUUCACGAAUAUCGAGGAUAUGUGCUCGUCGGACCAGCCGGAUGGGUUUAUUUGCCCCAGCACGCAGGUGUUUGGCACGGCGUCGAUCAUCUGGGGUGUCAUCGGGCCCGCGCGCCAGUUCUCGCACGGACAGAUUUACUACGCGCUGCUGUUCUUCUUCCUCAUCGGCGCGCUCGCGCCCGUCAUCCAGUGGGUCGUGCACAAGAAGUGGCGCUUCCCGAUCCUCAAGUACCUCAACUUCCCGAUCAUCUUCUCCGGCACGGGCAACCUCCCGCCCGCGACGCCGAUCAACUACGUGCCCUGGGUCAUCGUCGGGUUUAUCUUCAACUACGUCAUCCGGAGGCGUCAUUUCGGCUGGUGGACAAAGUACAACUAUGUGCUGUCCGCCGGCCUCGACUCGGGCUACGCCGUCGGCACGCUCAUCAUCUUCUUCUGCCUGCAAUACCCGCUCAACGGCGCGAUCGGAAAAGACACGAUCCAGACGUGGUGGGGCAACACCGUGUACACGAACACGGCGGACGCGCUCGGCACGCCGCUGCGCACGUUGGCCGCCGGGAAGACGUUCGGCCCGUCGACGUGGUGAGGCGCGCCGGUGUAUAUAGCGGUGUAUAUAGCGACGACUGUACGUUUGUACGUGCGUUGGAGGGGGGGCGGUGUACUCGUGCACGGGUUUCAUUGGGCGUGCUUUUGUGUUUUACGAUCUGUCAUGAGGUCCGCUUGGCCCGUCGCCGUCGACGGCGGCGGCUGCGCCCUGUGUUUCUUGGCUGUUUACUUGGUGCUUGUUUACUUAUUUCAGCUUGGGUCGGAAUGGGUACGCCUUUUUUCAGU